ACAGACAAGCAACCCAUCAGUGAAGUAUUGUGCUGCGCUCCAAAGGACCGUGUGUGGCAGGCCCUUGAAGGCCGUAAGGCCGCAAGCGUAACCGUGGAGCCGCUUUAAAGCAUGGUCCAAGCAUCCCCCCUCGUGCCCACGGCCCCUGCGCAGGCAGAAGAGGCGCCAGCGACGAAGGAAGACGUCUCUCUCGGGGAAUUGGAUGGCUUGGAGGACGUUUCUGUGGACGGAGAGUGGCACGAAGUGGUCUUGCUCCCCCGUCAUGUGUUACGGGAGUCCCCGAGCCGACGCUUGGGUGUGCCUGAGGCGGUGGAACGGCGACACCGCAUUUUUGGUUGUGAGCUCAUCCAAGAGGCUGGCAUCCUUUUGCGGCAGCCUCAGGUGGUGAUGGCCACGGCCCAGACCCUGUUUCAUCGUUUCUUCUACCGGCGUGCGCUGACCUCGGAAAGGGCUCAGGAUGUGCCGGAGCCGGGCCCUGGGAAAUCGCCACGCGUCUUCCUCUUCGACGCCUUCACCGUCGCGAUGGGCUGCGUCUUCCUCGCUUCUAAGCUGGAGGAGAAGCCCCGAGCCCCGCGCGACGUCCUCUUCGUCUUCCACCACAUGUGUCGUCGACGUCGGGGCCUGGGCCCCAGCCUGCUGGAGGUCACCUCUGUCCGCUACCACGACCUCCGGGAGGCCUUACUCAUGAUCGAGAAGUAUGUGCUCAAGGAGCUGGGCUUCGGGUUCUACAGCAUCAUGGACCAUCCCCACAAAUUCAUUCUUUACUACAUCAAGACCCUGGACGGCACGCCGACCCUGGCUCAGCGCGCAUGGAACUACUUGAACGACAGCCUCCGCUUAGACUGCUGCGUGCGCUUCAGGGCGGAAUUGAUCGCGUGCACGGCCCUCUACAUGGCGAGCAGGGACCUCGGGGUCAAGCUCCCUGACGACCCGCCAUGGUUCGCGCUCUUUGGGGCCUCCUUAGAGGAGAUGAGGCACGUGGGGAACGUGAUUCUCUCCCUGUAUCGCGAGAAAGACGAAGAAGGAGAAGAAGCGCCACUGCGAUGGCUCGAACCGUUGCACCCAGGCUCCCUUGUGGCUAUGGAGGCGCUCCGCAAGGUGGAGGGGAAAGAGGGAAAGGAGGGGAAGGGGAAGGGACAGGGAGAGUCCACAGAUUCGCCCGGUGCGAUGGAAGUCGAUGGCGCGGAAGAAGGAUCCGAGAAGCAUGGCGGGGGUGGGGCAUCCAAGGAAGGAGAG